GCCCCAAAAAAAAAAAAGUCCACGUGUCCGGGCAAUGCUAGGCAUAAACGUCUCAAGUGAUCAACUAUAACAAAUUCGCUGAUCACAAUCUCUUUGAUCGAAACCCUAAACCUUUGAUCGAUCAUCGAUCGAACGGAAAGGAAUGAGCGAAGAGGGUGGAAAGAUGAACAGAGAAGCUCCGGCAACGGUGGCAGCCACCGGCGAACCAUCGCCGGCAAACUAUUACUACGGGACAUUUCAAGGAGUCGCCAAUUAUCAAACUCCUCCUUCGCAUUCUCAAUCGGUCUUCGGAUUCCCUCAACCUAUACCUCCUCCUGGUGUCCCCGUUGUUCCUCCGUGUUACUAUCCUCGUGGUUAUCAGACCGUUCAAGGUUAUAUUGUUGCCGAAGGUAGACCCAUAAGGGAGCAUCGGCUUCCUUGCUGUGGUAUGGGAAUUGGCUGGUUCUUGUUCAUUAUUGGUUUCUUUCUUUGUGCCAUUCCCUGGUACGUUGGAGCUUUUCUUCUUUUGUGUGCUCGGCUCGAUUAUAGAGAAAAACCUGGAUUUAUUGCAUGCACCUUAGCAGCUACACUGGCUUUGGUUGCUGUGACUCUUGGUGUAACAAAGGUAAAUUAUACCUGGUGAGAGACUGAUUCAUGCUGCAAAUGUUGUAAAUUUUCACGCAUAUAUAUAUCCAUAAAGGAAAAAAAAAAGAUAAAUGAAAGGGAAGGGAAUUUCACGAAUAUCACCUAGUGGGAUUUCACCGGGUAUGUUGUUUGGAGUCGUCGUUUAUUAUUGCAAUUUGUAUAUAGCAGAUACCAACUGAGUGAUGCUUAUAUUCUGGUAAUGAAAUUUUAAGUUAGUCUUGGU